GGGGGGCGGAGGUAAGGAAGGGAAGGAGAGUGCUAAACGUGAGACGGCAAGUUUUUCUCCAACAGACUGGCGGGCAGUUCGACAGACUUCGGCUUCAGUCGUGUAUUUCCGUAUGGGUGGAACAAAUGUUCAAUCAGCUGAUCUGAUUUUCGUUGGAAAUUACGUCAACUUGAGAAAUCCAGUCUUUCGACUCUUUUGUUUGUUGUUGUUGAAAAUUUCGACGCAGAUAAUACAUCAGAGGACGGUUCUGCAGAGAACAGUUUUAACACCAGAGCAGAUUUUGGUGCAGAAGAAUGGAUGGAGAAACGGACAGUGAUGGGCCCAGGGAAAAUCAAGGACAAGAAAAAGGCAUUCCGAUGGAGGUGGAGAACCUUUUGAAACUGGAUGGCACCAAGAAACGACACAACGGUAAACCUGAUGCCGAACUGCGCAGGUUAGACUCCUCUGAUCCUCUCUCUGCUUGUGCAGUUCACAUGUUUUCAGAUGAAUGGACAAUGAGACAGGAGGAAGAGAUUAAUACUAGCUCCCUGCUGGAGAACUCGCAGUUUCUUAAUUGCCACAGCACUAUGCUAGAAGGUCACACGGAUGCAACUGAAAGGCUCUCCGACCCCCUAGUUUUGGGGAGGUCGGAUCUCUCUGAUCCCUUGCGCAAGGCUGGUCUUGUGGUACCAAGGCUCUCCAGCGAACCUCGCAGUCCCAUCACUUCUUCAUGCUUUGUGACCAGUCCAACCUCAGAUGCCCUCAAGUUUGCCUCCAGAAGUCCCAGUCCACUGAGGGGAGAUCCUGUCUCUGCUGCAGCUCACCUGCACCUCCUGGGGGAGUCCCUGUCUUUGAUUGGACAACAUCUGCAGGACGUAAAUAAAACGGUGUGUUUGUCGAGUUCCUUCUCUUUACUUUUGGAUUCUCUGCUGUGUGCCUUGGCUCCAUUGAUGAGCCUCACCUCUGAAAUACCUGAGCUGUCGAGCUGCACAGACCGCACACUGUCCUCCUCUCUGGAAAACUUUGCUUAUUUGAUGCCCGGACUGUAAGUGACCAUAUUGGGACAUGACGCAAUUUUGGGCGGUCGCUAAUUUUAUUUUCCCAUUAUCAUAGUAAGCAUUAUUGUAUGUGCAAUUUCACUUCAUUAAACAUUUAAAAAAGA